AUGUCGUCUUGGGGUUUCUUCACAGCCCUGGCACUGUUCGUGCUGGCACGUCUGGCUCCUAAUUCCUCCUUGUCAGGGUAUCAGAGACUGAGGGAGAGGGAGUGUGGCAUGUUCCACAACACCAUCUGGUUCGUCCUCUCCUCCUUCAUGCAACAGGGCAACGACCACCACACAACCCAUAUUGCCAACAGGAUAUUAAUAAGCUUCUGGUACUUUUUUGCCCUGAUCAUAGUGGCCACUUACACCGCCAAUCUGGCGGCAUUUCUCACUGUCACUCGGAUGGAGAACGAGAUCAAAGGACUGGCCGAUCUGGCCAAUCAGGACGAGAUACAAUACGGCACUGUGGACAAGUCCAGUCUACAGCAGUUCUUCAAGGAGCACGCUUACAUAGACGCCAACUACGAGAAGAUCCACGUGGGCAUGGAGAGAGCGAGGUCGUAUGUGAAUUCAGUCAAAGAGGGCUACUCGCGGGUGUUGAGAGGGGGGUAUGCUUUCAUGUGGGACGAACCUGUGCUAGAGUACCAGCGAAAGAGGAGGUGCAACCUGAUUACAGUUGGGAAGCCGUUCAACAAAAAGAAUUACGCAUUUGCAGUCCCCAAAGGAACUGGUUUUGCCUUCUAUUGCAACCAAACAUCUGAGUCAGGUUCCGAAAUUGGGAGACCGAUCUCUCUGGCCAUCCUGCGUCUACAGGAGAGUGGGAAGCUGGAGAAACUGAGACAGAAGUGGUUCGAAGCCGAAUCUCUCUGUCCCGACGAACAGCAGAAACAGAACCAAGGGGAGACAACUGGACUGGAGCUGCGUAACAUGGCAGGGGUGUUUCUGGUCCUCAUUCUGGGUUUCGUCCUCUCCAUCUCAGCCGCUGUGGUUGAACUGCUGUGGGUGAAGUUGAAGGAGCCCAGAAUCAGAUUCUCCAGUUUCAAGAGAACCGAACUGCUCAUCAACACAACUGCAGACAUACACAAAUGCUAA